UUAGUAACGAAGUUCCAGAACAACCUGUGAUCUCUCCAGCAUCUGGCCACAUCUUUGAGCGACGCCUGAUUGAGAAGUACAUACAAGAAAAUGGCACAGAUCCUGUCUCUAAUGAGAAGCUCACAGUGGAUCAGCUUAUUCCAGUUAAAUCUUCAACCAUCGUCAAACCCAGACCACCCUCGGCCACUAGUAUCCCUGCUAUUCUGAAGUCACUACAAGAUGAAUGGGAUGCAGUGAUGUUACACAGCUUUACAUUGAGGCAGCAGUUGCAGACUGCGAGACAAGAAUUAUCUCACGCACUUUACCAACAUGACGCUGCCUGCCGUGUUAUUGCUCGACUUAUCAAGGAGGUCACAGCUGCCAGAGAAGCUUUGGCCACGCUGAAACCUCAAGCUGGUAUGAUGGCUCCAGUGCCGGGAUACGCUGCUCCAGCCAUGAACCCGGCCAUUGCUGCCGAGGCUGGACCGGAGACGGCCACACAGCCUGUAGAGGAAGCUGUGAUGAGUGAGGAGGUCAUCAAGAAGCUUCAAGACAAAGCUACUUUGCUAACUGCAGAAAGGAAGAAGAGAGGUAAAACUGUACCUGAAGGACUGGCCACCAGUGAAGACAUCCGCAAUUACAGACAGCUGGUUUCACACACAGGCCUCCACAGCGCUAGUGUCCCUGGUAUUCUGGCCCUGGAUGUUUGUCUCAAGGACACAUCGAAGAUCGUCACCGGUGGCAACGACAAGAAUGCUGUUGUGUUUAACAAGGACACAGAGCAGGUCAUGGCCAUCCUGAAGGGUCACACGAAGAAGGUUACAAGCGUCAUCUACCACCCAGAAGAGGAAUUGGUUAUCACAGCAUCACCUGACAACACGAUCCGCGUGUGGGGAAUCACUACCGCACAGUGUGGGCAGAUCAUCCGGGCACACGAGGCACCGGUGACAGGAAUCAGUUUGCACGCAACUGGGGAUUAUUUGCUCUCCUGUUCAACUGACAUGCACUGGGCCUUUUCAGACAUCCGUACUGGUCGAGUCUUAACAAAGGUUGCAGAAAAGUCUGGGCAGAUGGCUCCAGCACUGACCUGUGCUCAGUUUCACCCAGAUGGUCUUAUCUUUGGCACGGGCACCGAUGACUCCAUCAUCAAAAUUUGGGAUCUGAAGGAGAGAACCAACGUGGCCAACUUCCAGGGUCACCAGGGGCCCAUCACUAGCAUCUCAUUCUCCGAAAAUGGUUAUUACCUGGCAACAUCAGCCGAAGACUCAGUGGUCAAACUUUGGGAUCUGCGCAAGCUCAAAAAUUUCAAAACCCUUCAGCUGGAGGACAACUACCAGGUGACGGCCUUGUGCUUUGACCAGAGUGGCACCUACUUGGCCGUGGCCGGAACAGAUGUCAGGGUGUACCUGUGUAAACAGUGGAACGAACUGGCCAUCUUCAACGACCACACCGCAGCGGCUACAGGGGUUCGAUUCGGCCACAAUGCUACGUUCCUAGCUUCAGUCAGCAUGGACCGAUCCGUGAAAUUUUUUGGUUCCGUGGAAUAG